AUGGAUGUGGAUGCGUCUGAGGUUAAAAUUUUUCUGCCGAGUGGUAAACAGUGCUUACAGGUGUUUAAAACAUCACCAAAAACCCCAACUCAUUUUCCCAACUAUCUCCGGUCCACAUUAUCUUCUGCGAAUAAAGCUAUAAAUGCUAGUAUAUCGUUUCAAACCGCGGAAGGAUCGCCUGCUUGCCAUUGUCCGAAAAUGAAAAAUCCCAGAAAUCCAAUUGUCACCAAGCCGUUCAAUAGCAUUCCUGCAGUAAAGAAACUCGGUAUUCUGGAGCCAUCAGCACGGAAGAACAUUGAUCAGACUCGUAACAACAGAAAUAUUGAGGAGUUGCUCCCUAUCGACGAUAAUGUUGUUUUUGUUAAUGAGCCGAAAAUCAAAAGAAAACCGAAACUUAGACAUGAUUUCUUGAUUCUACUCACGAGGGAUAUAAAGAGGAGUGAAAGCGAUCAUCGUCCAGUAAGAUCACGAGUAAUGCCUCUUCGACCAUGGCUUGGAGAACAUGCAUUCUACUCAAUAGAUGAAAGAGGGCUUUCUACAUUAGAAAGAACAGAGUGUCCUCAACUUAAGGAUAGAAAGUUACUGCGUUAUAUAUCGAAACACGAGAAAUCUGUGUAA